AGCGUGUAAUCUGUGUGGAUGUGGAUGCGGCAGCAGCCCCCUCCCUGAUAAGGGGCCCUGGGCUGCGCCUCUUUGGUCGGUUGGUGCAUCUGUUGGCAGCAUGGCGCCUCAUUCGCACUCCCGUUUGCCGUCGUUACUCUUAUUUCUGCAGAUAACGUUCAUUCUCAUCUAUGCUUUUUACACGGAUAUAAAAAUCAACUUCAGGGCCGCUGAGAUCAACUUCAGUGGCUCUUAUUCGGAGUUCCAGGAUGUGAACUUGGUGGUCAUAUUCGGUUUUGGGUUCCUGGGCACUUUUCUGGUGCGGUACGGGUUCAGCAGCUGUGGGUUCAACCUUCUUGUGGCAGCCUUGGUGACACAGUGGGCGAUCAUUCUCAACGGCUUUGAGUCAUGGUACCACAUAGGAACCAUCAGGCUCGACCUGAGAAGUGUGGUCGUGGCUGAGAUGUGCACAGCUUCUGCUCUCAUCUCAAUGGGGGCCGUGCUGGGCAAGACAAACCCGCUCCAACUGGUCCUCAUCGCCCUGCUGGAGGUUUCUGCAUUUGUUCUGAACCGGUGGCUGGUCCAGACUCUGCUAAAGGUCCGUCCCUUGAACAGCAUCAUGCUGCUUCAUGUAUUCGGGUCCUCCUUUGGCCUCAUGCUGUCACGUGUCCUCCAUCAAGAAGCAUCAGAAGAACAGUUUGAGAAAGAGAAGUCUGACCGUACAGCAGGACUCUUCUCCAUGAUGGGCUCUGUGUUUCUCUGGAUGUUUUGGCCCAGUUUUAACUCCAUCCUGGUGGACGGUUCGAGUCCCGGGAGGAAGCUGGGUGCAGCGUGCAGCACCUACUUGUCGCUGGCUGUCAGCGCCCUCACAGCAGCUGCUACCUCAGUGCUCUGCAGCCCCAAAGGAAAACUCCACCCGGGCCACAUGCAGACGUGCAUCCUCGCUGGUGGCGUCGCCAUCGGCGUCUCCAUGGCAGCAGUUCGUCAGCCGUGGGAAGCUAUGACGGUGGGAUUCCUCGCUGCUGUUGUGUCAGCCGUCGGAUUCCGAUACCUCCAGGUGCACAUGCUGCGUGCACUUCAGUGCCGUGACACCUGUGACGUUCUGAGCGCUCAUGGCCUCCCUGGUCUACUGGGAUGGCUGGUCCUUCUCAUCCUGCAGAUUAAAGACUCCGACGAUCACACCACGGCGGCCCGGUUUGCCGUGUUCCACAUCUGUACCCUCUUCAUCACCCUCAGUCUUAGUCUGUCCACGGGAAUCCUGACAGGGAUCCUCCUCAAAUGGAAUUUCUGGAAGCCGCCACAAGGAAAAAAAUGUUUUGACGAUCAGGCUUUCUGGGUAUUUCCACAUCUGGCAAAGGGGAACUAAGAAGAUGGAAAAAAGAAAGUGUGAUUCUGGAGAUACACGUCAUUCUGUAUACUUACAAAAAAAAAAAAAAAACACUUUUCAUUAACAGUUUUUCAGUUUUAUGUAUAUGCAACAAACAAAAAGUGUUUUUAUGUGCAUAUGACUGAACUAUAAAACGGAUUUGAACUAUGAGAGUCACUUCUUGUUUAGUAUAUUUUUUUAAUGCUGUGGUUUGUUAGAAAUGACCUCAGAGUCUGAAUAUUACACAAGGAAAUGUUUGCAGUCACAUACAGAACAUAUCUCAUAAUUUAAAAAUAAUGAAUGUUUCCCAUUGCACGAAUGGAAAACAUUCAUCAUUUGUUUUAUAAGACACCUAAAUAGAUGACAGUCAAUGCAAAGUCAACGUGCUACAGAUAGCUUCCUCAUACCGUGGACUUUUUUUUCUGUUUUACAAAAAGGUAGUGAGUCAUUCAAUGGAGCAAAACAUAUGGAGCAAAACUGCACAGAAAAUGAUGUACGAGGUCUAUUAGAAAAGUAUCCGACCUUAUUAUUUUUUCAAAAACCAUAUGGAUUUGAAUCACGUGUGAUUACAUCAGACAUGCUUGAACCCUCGAGGGCAUGCAAGACUUUUUUCA